GAGAGAAAGAGAGCAAAUCUGUCAUCAUUUCCUCAUUUCCGUUCGAGAAUCUUCUAAUCAAACAUGGCCCAGAAUCUGGUCGGCUUAACCGAGAAACUAAGCUUGUCUUCGGGCAAGAUUGUGUUGACCAGCUCCGACGGCGAUUCUUUCGAGAUCGACGAAGCAGUAGCUCGCGAAUCCCACACCAUAGCUGAAAUGCUCGAAGCCGGGUGUGCCGGAACAAUCCCGCUUCAGAACGUCACCGGAAAAAUCCUCGACAAAGUCAUCGACUACUGCAAGACCCACGUCGAAGCUGGUCCGAUUGAUGAAGACGAAGAGGCGAAGAAGAAACUGAAGAUUUGGAAAGCGGAGUUCAUGAAAGUAGAUCUGGACACCAUCUCCGAGCUCAUCCUGGCUGCUAACUAUCUCAACCUCCCAGGCCUUCUCGAUCUUUCAUGUCAGACGCUUGCAGAUUACAUUAAAGACAAAACACCAGAGGAUGUUCGCGAGAUCUUCAAAAUUCAGAACGAUUUCACGCCCGAAGAAGAAGCAGCUGUUCGCAAGGAGAACGCAAAUUCUCCGCAACUGUGGAAGAUUGGCGUCGCCGCCGUUUUCAUAAUAGGAUUAGGUUUUCUUUUAAUAAAGAAAAGGUAAUGUGGACCAAGGCCACGAUCACGCAAAUAUUGUGUGUACUAUUUGAACUAAUGUUA